UUCUUUCGUUCGGACGCGUAAAACCGGUAGUCGGCUCCUGGGUGUUGUGAUUGGAAGGUGACUGAUACUUUCUUCUUGUUCUUGGUGCUCUGGUGGAUUCUAUCCAUUUCAGAUGCUGCUUUCUCACCGAACAUCAAUCUGAAUCCGGUGGUUAGAAGAAGCGUGAAUUAUUCCGGUGGGAUUGUGUUUCUUGGUUGGUGUUUCGAUCUCGAUUAUUGAAUUAUACGGCCGUGUUCGGUUCUGGCGGCGAAGGGGGAAGAUGCUUCUGCGCUUCUUACCUGGUGGAUGGUGAAUACUUUCAAGUGUUGAAUAUUGCAGAAGAAAAGUGGCCAUAAAGAGAGAGAGCGAGAGGUGCCAAAAACCAGUGAAUUAACUGCCAAAAAGUGAUUUCAAUGCCGGUGUAGAAUAUGUUACUUUGCUAAAUUGAAAUUCCUGGGAAGAAUUUCGAGAUCAAACUUUAAAAGAUUCUCCGUAACGGUGGCAGAGCAGUGAUUGAUUCCAGAUCAAGAAGAGAAUCGCGAGUGCAGGAAUGAUGUUUUGUGCCAAAUCAUAGGAAAUAAGUGAUUCUCUCGCUCAACCGAAAAAAUAUAUGCGAAAAUAAGAGAUAAAGCAAGUGAAGUGCAGUGAAGCUGGUGUGCUUCGAGGUUUGCGUGUUUUUUUUUUUCGGUGGUGGCUGCUGUAAUAGCCGGUCAGUGAGGAGAAGACGAAAAAAAUAGAUAACCACACAAGUGAACGAAGUGAGGCAUUCAACAGCUCUACGACCUAGAGAUACUGACUGGCGUUGGACGGACUGACGGAGGCGGAUGAUUCGAGUGGAAAAUUGAGAAAAAACCUUCACCCAUCAUGUCACUAGACUCCCCACGUGCCGAAGCAGCGAUGCCUCACGGGAGCAUCGCGUUUGUGUAAAAAUCCAUGUUAAUCCAUGGAAAACAAAGCGCCAUAAAAAUAUAAAAUUGGAAAUCCGCGUCCGCACCGAAGGUCUCCAAGCGAGAUUAUUUACUGUGGUGGUGAUUCUGUGCGGGAAAACAUCGGAAAAGUGAUCUCCGGCCGUCGCCGCCGCCGUCAUCGGUAACAAAGUGGUUUCGGUGCUGGGUGUUGUGUCUCGGCACUUUUCACUCCUUGAUGUUGUUCCAAGUGGGGCAGAUCAUCACAUGAAUAGAAGAAGGCUGUGAGUUAAGAUGAAUGAUCGCCGCCGGUCGCCGGUCGUCGUUGAUGUUGAUUUGUUGAAAGCGUAAGUGAAAAACGGUGUGCGCGCGAAGGAAGAAACCUUGACCUGUUCUCCGGGCCCCCGGUGUGUGGUGUGGAUAUAGCGAGCAACCGCGGCGGUAUCGCGAAUCGCGUGUCAAAAUUUUGAAGUUCAAAAAAACCCGUUACAAAAUGGCUGAGAAUGCCGCCAAAAGUGGUGCUAUCGGAGUCGUCGGAAGUGGUGCUAGUGGUGGAGGAGAUGAUCCGCCACGGAAGAGCAAUAUGAAUGGGAACCGAUCCGGACGGUACGGACCGGAUCCGGUCGGAAAGGGUCGCGGUGCCGGGAAUCUGAAGAGUCCGAGUGAUUCGGCGGACGAAGAAUCGAAGCUACUGCAGCAGGGCGGUAAAGCGACUCCGGUUGUGAAGGGUGCGGGAGGGACCGAUGUGGAUAGUGGUGGCGGGGGAAUGGAAGAAGGCGAAAAUGGGGAUCUAGUGAACGCCAGGGAUGGCCACGGAGUGUCGGUGAUCGAUAUGGCGGAAGCCGGAACGCAACCGUACAAACCUGUCAAGAGCAAGAAGAAUAAUGUGUUCAAAGCAUCCUACGACCGGCUGCUGACCACGUUCGAAAUCUCCAAAAAAUCCGAACGUCCCUUCGUCACCCUAAUCCUGGUCACCCUACUACUGCUGUUGGUGAUAAUCCUACUUGCCAUCUUCUGGCCUCGGCUUCCCAGCUAUCUGACCAAGGAAGUCUGUCUGGAAGCGGAAUGUUUGGAGGCAAGCAAACAGAUUCUCCUGUGGGCCAAACCGGACGCCAGCACGUGUCGCACGCCGUAUGAGUGGGCCUGUGGGCGGUUCGAGGAAAAGUACAUCGCCCACAGCUUGUUCGGUGUGAACAAGGGCGAGUGGAACUUUGAUGCCUACCAGGACUAUGAAGAAACCACCGCCGUUUACGAGUUUAUCUCCAAGCUGCCAUCGGUUGCGGUGACCUACUCGACCCAAGCGAUGAUCAAGAAGUUGCACUCGAUCUGUACCACGGUGGAAACGGUUAGCAACAACGAAGUGAUUACGUCGCUCAAAAGAGCCCUCAACGAUUUGGGCGGCUGGCGGAUGCUACCGGGCAACAAUAACCCCUACUGGGACCUGCGGGAGAACCUGCAGAAGGUGCAACCCAAGUACGGUGCCACGCCGUUCUUCAAGCUGGGAAUCGACACCCGGAAUGCACCGCCGUACGACUACAUCAUCACCGUCAGCGAGGGCGAUCUGGGCCUGCCGAGCAACGAGUUCUACACCCUGGAGGAGAAGCACCCGAUCAUUCAAGCGUAUCAAACCUACCUGCGGGACAUUCUGGCCCACCUGGUGGCGGCGUCGACGAUCAAGUCGCAGGACUACGCCAGGAUGAUCUACAACUACGAGCGGAGGAUCGCGUUGGACGUGAUGAGCGUCCUGCGGGAGGGCGGCGAAAAUGCAACGCAACCGCAGAUACGGACCCUGCAGCAGCUGGCGGACGAGGCUCCUUCGCUCCCGAUCCUGCAAACGGCUCAGGCCAUGUUCAAAAAGAAGAUCACGGAAAAUACCCAAGUGCUGGUGUACAGUCCGGCGGCGCUGAAGAUGAUCUCCCAGAUCAUCACCACGACCGACAGGGAAAUCCUGAAUAACUUCGUAAUGUGGUCCCUGAUCCGGCACUUCGUCCCGUACAUGGCCCGCAACUUCCGGCUCUCGAUGCAGGAGUUCGAGAAGGUCCUGUACGGUGUCCAGUCGAAGCAGCCGAUCUGGCACUUUUGCACCAAGGUCGUACAGCAGUGGAUGCCCUAUGGGCUGGAAGCGCUGCGCGAAAAUCCUGAUAUGAUCGUACAUGACCGCAGCGAGCGGGAGUACUCCGAGCAUCAUCCGGUGAUAGACUCGUUGGAUCCGUACCAAAGUUCCCAGCUGGUGCACGACGAUCGCCUUCGGUACGAUGACGAACUGGUCAAAAUGAUCUUCUACCACAUCCGGGACGAGUACAAAUCAGCGGUGAUCAAUUCCAACUGGAUCAACGAAAAGCUGACCAAAUUCAUUACGGACAAGCUGUCGAUGAUGCGGGUGCAGAUCGGUAUCCCGGGAGAUUUGGUCAAGAGCGAGAAGCAAGUCAACGAGUUCUACAACGACUGGGUGCUGGACAAUCUGCUCUUUGUGGACAACGUUGCGAGUCAUUGGGUGUUCGCCAAGCGGCGAAUGGAUCGAAUGCUGGAUAACAUGACGGAGAGUGAGAGAAUCGUAACGGAACUCUACCCACCGAUCAGUUUCGGAGCUCGCCGAGCUCCCGUUCCGGAUCUCAAAUACUCGAUCGCCCUGAAUAUGGUCAUCAUUUCCAGGCAGAAGACUCAGGAACCCUACUUCCACCACAAAUACCCAUUAUCCCUAAACUUUGCCCGCCUUGGUGCAGACAUCUCGCUGGUACUGCACGACGCCCUCAACACCCUGGCAGAACAGUUCAAAAACACCGGGGCCAGCCAACCGAAACACGUUCUGGUAAACGUCUUUGACGACGAAGCUCAAAAGUGUAUGUCCAAAACCCUCCCCUCGUCGAUCAACCCUUCGCGAAUCUCAAACUCCAGCAAGUUGAAUCUCUACCUGGAGCUGGCCGCCGGCAGUAUGCUCUCGCAGGCCUUCGGCACCCUGCUGGACAAGAUCGAUCGAAACGAGCGGAUAUUCGAAAACGAAAUAUCCGAGCGGACCACCUACGAGCUGCUGGGGCUCCGGAAUGGCGCGCGAAGGCAGCCCGGCCUGCGGCAGUACGACGAACAGCAGCUGUUCACGUUGGCGUACCUGCAGAAGCACUGCGCCGUGCCGGACAGCGGUGCCGUCCGGCUCACCAAGCUGCUGAUCGACAGUGACAUUCCCGAGACGGAGAAAUUCGCCCUCCUGUGGCACCAGGUGCCGCUGCUAUCCGCCACCCUGGAGUGCAGUAGCAGCAGUAGUAGUAGCAGCAGUUUUAGCACCAACGGAGACGCCACCGGUGGUGACGCACAAAACGGUCACUGCAGCCGCAUUCUUUGAUUAGCCCAGCCUCGUCCAGAAGCUCUGCCACCGCCGCUGCCGCCGCCACCGCCAGCGUCAAUGGUAGACAUUGUAGACAUGCAGCAACAGCAGCAGCGCACCCUAAAGCGCCAGAAGCAACUUCCCACCUCGUACUACGAUCCGGCCUUCACCAAUCCCUACUACUACCACGCUGGGGUUCAGCAGCAACAGCAACCACCACAACCGUCCUACGGAAGUACCAGCAGCAGUAGUAGUAGUAGUAGUGGCAAAAGUGGCCACGUCGACAGCGGCAGCGGCAGCACCGGGCAGGGAAGCAAAAGCGGUGAUAUCAUCUUUCCUAAAAUUGAUGUGAAUAGUAUAUUCUUCUGAGCGCGAGAGUCCAGCAGGUUGAGAUGGGAGCGAGUGAUAUUGCAUGACAGGUGACAAAAAAAAGGUAAGGUGAUUGAAGUUAUUCUAAUGAUAGGUAUUAGUUACUUCCCAGUUAUUUCUCAAAUUGAUUUGAAGCGAAAAUUUGGCAACGUUUCAAUUGAACAGUGUUCAAGUAUUUCUAACUAUCUGGAAGUUAUUCCAGCGGUAAUUGCCAUUUAAAGAUUGAUCUGAAUUUCCGACUUUGAACAGGCGGUUUUAGUUGUCUGACCACUUUUAAAAUUGCGUUUAUUCCACCUUAGAUGGAUGCUUUAUUUAUAAAACCAGUGAGACAUUAAGAAAAGGUUCGAUUCAAAUUUAUCAAUAAUGGUACUUUUUUAAGAUGACCGCGUUGAAAACCGAACCGUUCGCAUGCCAAGAUACCGUUUGAACAAAUGGACUUCCGAAUGACUUAGUUAAUGAUAAUUUAAGAUAAGCACAGCAGAAAUUCCACGAAACUCACUUACCCUCAAGUGGGGGCAAGCAAUGAACAAAUAAAUCUAAAAAAAAUCGCAGAACAAUCGUUGAAACUUAUACACACAUACAAGCUGACAUAUGAUGAGAUUUAUGUACGAUGAUGGUCGAAUAAGAUUUAAUUGAAAAAACAAGAUAAGAAACGUUACAUUUUAAAACCUGCGUUGCGCGUCGAGUUGGAAUUGGGAAUUCCAACCAGGCCGACAACGGGCAGACAGACAAAUAAAAGAGAAACAGAAGAAUGUUGACAAUGUAAGAUGCUGAGUUUAUAUAUUUAAGACGACACUAGGGCGGCACAGCGAGAUGAGUACUAGUAGCGAUCAAAGCGCGAUAUUUAACAAAAAGAAAGUGUAUAGUGAAAUGAGUUGAAGGAAACCCGAUGGCGACAAACGGGGCGGAGAGCUUCCGCCGCCUUUGAAUUGGACAAACGAUAAUAAAUAUUGACGUUCUUUUUGUAAAUUAA